UAAAAAUUAAAUGUUUAAAAUGAAUCUUAUUAAAGUAUUGCAUUCUUAACUCUGAUUUUUUUUCUUCCAUAGGCAGCUAUUGUUGGCUUUUACACAAGAAAAGUUUUGUUCAUGGGAGUGCGAAACAAAUAUUGCGCUAAAUGUGCACGGGCAGAAUUACGUGGAAAGCUUGCUGCAGACCAUAAAUGUUUCUUAAACUGGACAGGGACAUCAAGUGCAAUGGAAGCGAAUAUAAUUGUCGAUGGAUUUAAAUGUAGUGUCGAGUUGUACAACUCCAAAUAUUCGACAGUUAUAGGAGAUGGAGACAGUAAUGUCUAUAAAAAAAUCAUUGAUGCAAGACCGUAUCCCGAACUAACUGUCGAAAAAAUUGAGUGUAGCAACCAUUUGCUGCGGAAUUUAUGCCACAAAAUUAAAGACAUAGCUAGGUCGGGAUCAAAUGGUGACAUUACUGCCAGAAAACUGAUCAUUUCAAACAUAAAAAGGUUCAGAAAUGCCGUUACAAUGGCAACCAAGUUUAGAGGGCAAGAAGAGGCAAGUUUAAUCGAUAAAGUGAGAAAAUUAAGGGAAGACAUCCUUAAUGCCCCCUUGAACGUUCUUGGUGAGCAUGAUAAAUACGCCGAUUACUUUUGCAAGAAACCAAGAAAGAAUACAAUUUAUAGUACCAUUAAAAGUUCGGCAGCUUUUUUUAAAGUCAUGCAAGCAUUUAAUAUGUUAUCUGACAAUGCAAAGAGUUUAUUGUACAAUGUCAACAAUAACUCUGCAGAACAUUUCAACUCGGUUGUUGCAAAAUUUGUUGGUGGGAAGAGAAUUAAUUACUGCCUUAGGGGCUCGUACCAAGGUCGGUGUAAUGCUGCUGUUUCGAGUUACAAUUCUAAAACACCACUAUCGAAUCUACAUAGGACGUUAUACAAGUCUAGCCCAAGUUCAGUUUUAAAGCGUUUGGAAAAAAAGAAAGUAAGAAGGAAUUCUGGGCGCAAAAUAAAGCCAAAGAAAUUAUUUAAUAAACCAAAGGAAGAAAAUGAUAAAUAUUAUGGGGAAAAAGCAGAAAAACCAGAUAUGAACUCUCAAAUUUAUGAAGAAAAGAAAGAUUAUGUGUUAAAAUCCUUAACUUUAGAUGAAGUAUCCAGGAAGAGGCUGCAGUUGGAUACCACUCUUCAACGCGAUUCAUCUCUAUGGGUCGAAGAGAGAAGAAAACGAAUCACUGCUUCCAACUUCGGUACCGUUUGUUGCAGGCUGCCUCACACAGGGUGUGGAAAUUUAGUGAAAUCGCUACUAUAUUCAAAUGUGGAUACUAAAAGUAUGCAGUAUGGCCGCUUCAACGAAAAACAUGCAAUUGAACACAUCGAGAAACAUUUGGACAUUCGUGUUCAACCCUGUAGUCUCUUCGUAGAUGAAGAAGAUUUUUAUUUAGGGGCUACACCAGAUGGACUUAUUGAUAACGAUGGCAUACUUGAGGUCAAGUGUCCCAGUUCGUGCAAAGAUAUGACCCCUGAAGAAGCUAUAGUAAAAAAAAAUUUACUUUCUAGAAAAUUGAUAAAAAAAACAAAUAAAGAGGAAAUUAACUUAAGGCACAAGCAUUAUUUUCAAGUUCAGGGGCAAUUACAUAUAACAAAACGCAAAUAUUGUUUAUACAUAAUGUGGACCCCUAAAGGAGUAAAGAUAGAAAAGAUUUUCAAGGAUGACAGGUUCUGGAAUAAAGAAAUGAAAUUAAAACUUCAACAAUUUUAUUUCGAUUGCAUUUUGCCAGAACUUGUUGAUCCUCGACAUACGCGGUCAAUGAAAAUUAGGGAGCCUGAAUAUAUUAUACAAGUGCAAAAUGAAAAAAAUCUUUCUAAAAAAUAGGAAACUAUUGUAGUAUAAUUGUUAAGAAGUAGUUUCAUAAUU